GACUCGUCGUGCUUAAACAGAAAACAAUCAUCGGAGUGAGCAGCAAUUUUCAAGCGUUUUUUCGAAUUGAUUAGCUUGCUUUGUGUCCAAAACGUGCUAUCGGGAUCUUUUUUCCACCGAAAAGUUCUGGGUAAAUCACGAAAACCAUUAUCAGGCAGUUUACAGUAAUGAGAAGCUAGUAUAAAACGAAAAAUCGCAUACACCUAGGAUAGUGACUCACGACUCCGCCUUUUGGAAGGGUAGUGCGAACCGCAUUCAAGAUGGAGAAUCUUAACUUCCCACCGGUAGAAUUCAAUCGGCCCGAUUGUUCCGACAGCAGCAAAACCGUCUUCCAGGAGUUUGCGAUCGUGCUCCACAAUUUUCACCACUUCGAGUCUAUACCGACGGACAAAUGGCUGUCGUUGCUGCAGGAGAAGGCUCUCGUUAGGCGGAAGACCAACACCAGAGAGGCGGAUCGACUCCACAACCUGUCGGUGCAGCUAGCCGAGAAUGAUGAGCUGGAUAAGGCAAUGGUUCACAUAACCCAAGCGCUUUAUCGCUGUCCGCCGGACAGCAUCCUCGCGAAAGCUAUCCUCUGCCAGAAGGGUGAACUGCUGCGUCGGAAAGAACGAAUACAGGAUGCGAUACGGCACCUGGAGAACUGUCUGCAGAUCGAGGGUGAACGGUUUUCCUUUGGGACGUAUCUGUGCUUGCUGCGCUGCUAUAAGGCGAUGGGAAACGCAAUGAAGGUACGAACGACGCUGGGCCGCUGUGCGACUUUCUUCAAUCGGUGGAAGGACGAAUUUCAGCGGUACGAUUCGCAGCUGAAAAACGAACCGGAUGUUCACAUGGAGGAAAUGAAGAAGGAGUUCGAUCUUCACGCGAACUGCAUCCCCAUCGAAAUAAUGAACGACAAAAGUUUCCGGAAUGAACCGGCAGUACAGGACGAUUACGAGGAAGAUAUCGACUUGGAACCGUUCAUGGGAUUCUCUGCCGAUCGUAAAAUCUGCGGUGCCUCCAGUGCGUGCAGUUUAGAUCUGACCGAAAGAGCACCCAAGCUGGUGGCUAAUUCGUUCAUACCGGAAGGAUCUAUCGUGCUGAUUGAGCGACCCUUAGCGUCUCAUUUGGAAUUUUCCAAAGUUCAGUGCUACACUUGCCAUGUCGUUCACCCGCAUCUUAUUCCCUGCUUCAACUGCCAAGGUGUGUUCUAUUGUUCCUAUGAGUGCCAACAGAAGGACGCCGGUUAUCACAAAUUCGAGUGCCGUGGUUACCAGCUGCUGUUUUUUCCUCUAGUCAAUGGGAACUUGGAGCUGCGAAUGCUUAUACGCACUCUGAAUACUCUCAAGCGAGUGUUGGCCGUAAAACCGGUAUCGGUCCACAAAAACCCCAGAACAGCGGAGGAACUGUACAAACUGCUCCUGGAGGGACGCGAACCUUUCGCGGAUCUUUUCAAUGCUCUACUCGUCAAGCCGGACUAUUCCCGCUUUCGAGCGGAGGACUUUGAUGCGCUUAUGAUUAAGACGGAAAAAUUGCUCAGCUAUAUUAAGCUAGAUGGACAGCUCAAGCGGCUAUACUUUGCUCAGUGGAAGCACUUUGACGACUUUCAGUUCGAUAUCUUCGUCAGUGGACUGUUGCUGCACUUCUGUACCUUAACCAUGACCAAAGUGAGUCGACUAUCGUUCGAGAUUCCGGCUACGGAAGAUUUUGUUGGUCGCAUACCGGAUUCUGCCACAGUUAGCGGUAAUUACGAGCAGGAACCACUCAAGAAAACUGUACUGGAUACGUUGGAGCUGUACGGAAAAGAGUACUCAAAACGAACCACAAUCGACACGACUACGCUUCGGGAGGGCGUUUGGUGCCAUCUCGAGAUGCUUCGUUCGGAGUACGAAAACAGUAAAAAGUUGGAGGAAUCGGAUGCGAACUUGUGCCAUCAGGUGUGGACACGGGCCAAUGUGAAACGGCUGUGGCAGCGGUGCUUGGAUGGUGCACAGCUAGACGCGGAUCGCCGCCAGCAACGCCAGAAACCGUCCGACGAGGAUAUAGUCUCGAAAGCGCUGCUACGCUUCUUCGAUGCGUACCAUGACCACUUCGGCGAAAUUCCGAUGUGCAGCAGGACUCGAACCUUUCCGAAUGUGAUGCGGGCCUUUUACUCGACCGGGAUGAAGCUGAAACAUUCGUGUGGACCGAAUCUGUUUUCUGCAAUGAUUUCCAAUGGUCUCUUUGUGGUCCGGGCCCGGCGCGACAUUAGUAAAGGUGAAGAACUUACACUGAACCAUGGUCCACACUACAAGGAAGCGUCCCGCGAUAAGCGGCGAAACUACCUGCGGAAAAUCUACAUAAAUUGUGAUUGCACUCAGUGCGGCGUGCUUGACGAUCAUUGGCUUCGUUACCAGCGUGUCAAGUGCGAAUUGUGUCUGUUCAACCAGCAUGCUUCCAGCAGUUGUUUCGACUGUAGACACGCCAAAGAGAUGUCCAAGGAAAUGGAAAUUCUCAUCCAGCAGCUGCAGGAUCUGGAAUUGAAGCUGUCGAAAAAUCCGCUACCACAGUUGCUGCCGCUUACGGCGUUGGGACGUGCGGCCGGGGGCCUACAAACGGCAACCGCCUCCGGCAAGCGAAAAGUCGAACUACUCAUGUUCUUCGAACGCGUCUGGAAGAUGGUGUACGUCGAUGAGCACAACAUUCCGCUGUACAAUAACUUGAAGGAGCAGUUGUCUUGUUUUGCGGAGGAAGUGAUUCGCGACGCAAUCGACGAAAUUUAUGUACUACUGAAGCGCUGUAAGGACGUGAUCGAUACGUUGUUCCCGUAUAUGAGUGUACAAGUGGCUAACGAGUACGAGCUGGUAGUUCGUCGAGCAGUCAAGUAUAUGCUGCCGGCAACCUUUCUUGGCGUAGACCGUAGUCAGGUCUAUCGUACCUUCGAUCUGGCAUACGCGAUGAUCAAGCAUGCGUUCACUAUUUUGGAGUCACGGUUUCUAUACGACGACGAAAGCUAUCGGAAGUUGACGGUGGUGGAAUACUCGUUACGGUCAUUUGAAGAGAAUGUGCGCGUUACAGGCGCUAAGGAAGAUGCCGAACUGUUCCUCGCUUUGCUAAAGCCGGUGAAAAAGAAGGAAACUUCAAGUCAGAAACAGCAGAGGCGUGAGCAUAAUAAAAUGGUGAACAGCAAAUCCUCCAAAGAUGCGAAACAAUCUGGUGACAUUCUGGACGAAACCAAUACCGCUCUCCUGAAGGAUGGAAGGCUACCAAACGGUAUUAGUACAAAAAGUAAUAAAGGCGGUGCUAGCAGUUGUAAUACAAGCAGUAGUAGUAGCUGCAGCAGUAGCAGCAGUAGUAGCAACAGCAGCAGCAGCAAUAGCAGUGGCACUGGAGACAGUGUGAAAACGGUGCUGGUGAUCAAUGAAGACACAGAGACUUCGGACGGUGCGACGGCAGUUGUUGCAGCACAGGACCCUCCAAAGCAAAAGUCGGGGAAAAUUUCAAAGCGUAAAGAGACAGGGGCGAUUCCAAAACCAUCCCGAACAACGAAACAUCAUCGUAAGGUUUGAAAGGAGAAGGCGGAGUCUUUCUGUCGGUAAGCUUCGAUUGAUAGUUUUGUUGUUGAUUUGCCGAGACGAGUUCUUUUAUGUUUGGCAUAAGCCCCGAAGGAUACGAUUUUCUUCGAUAUCAUUCCGUUUUAACUUCAAGUCGCACUCGUGUUUUAAAGUUUUUUUUUGUUUUUGUUUAAAUUAUUAUUUAACUCGAUAGAACAGUUUAAACAUCUAUCAAUGAAAGAAUUACCACUGUAUCGUACAAAUACUUAUCAAACAAACAGUCGUAGUCACGCUUACAUAGGUAUAGUAAAAUGAAAGAGGCCCAGCAAUAUCAUACACGCUAUAAAUUCUCCUCAGCUAAUAACUAAAAUAAUCCAGUCAUCGUAUGUUCGAACCCUUGUCAUGAAAUAGUUUUAGAAUGAUUUCGAACGUUGCACUAGUCUUGCAAUUGUCCUGUACACUAAGAAUGAAUUCUUUUCGACCGUUAAAAACAGUAACAGUGCUGUUACUGAAACUCGAAGGUAUACUGUACUUAAUUCAAAUCAUACCUAGCAAACAUCGAUACGUUCUAAGAUAGCACAAUAAAUGACAAACUGAAAGUAUAUCAUGUAGCAGAUUGAUUAUGAAAUUAUUUGUUUCAAAUUAUUGCUUGCACAUAAGCAGCCACUACCUUCAGGAACGGAGCUAGGCGUCGACAAGUAGUGAUGCAUUUCAUGAGAAGUUUUCGAUCCGAUAGAUUUGUCUAUCGCCUCUCCUGGUAGUAACUGGGUGGCCAUUUUAGUUUCACAUUUUCAAUUGUCUUGAAAUCACACGUCGGCUGUGCCGUAUCGGUUUUGAUGUCAAGAUCUUGCGUUAAGUUUGAUAUUUAAUCGACAGAAAAGGUACGACGCAUCUGUGUGAUUUUCCAUCUGUCGGAGCAUCAAGUCGUGCGGAGAAUGCAUAGAAAAGUAACAAAAAUAUGUAAACAUGUGACUUUUAUGAAAAUCUUAACAUAUUUUUACUUGCUCAUCUAAUUGUUAUUUUUCUCCAAUCGAAAUGAAAGCGUUCAACAGUUGUAAUUAAUGUCUUUUUGCUACGCAAAGCUUGCUUAAAUAGUUUAAAAGCAACUUUUAAUACACGUCAACAAAAAUACUAGAACCUAUAAAUAUUUAUGAUAGUUUUGCUCAUGGCACUUACAGAAAGCACCUGUCUGAUUCGUGUGACGUUUGGACUCAUAUAAUUUGCGUGUGCUGCUUUCCUUCUGCUUUAAGUUUGCCAGAAUUGAAAAGAAGCCUGUGCUUUCUGUUGAUGGGGUGCGUGCGAAAGAGUGAAGAAUCAUCGUUACUACUGAUUAUUAGCAGAAAAUUGCUAUGCCAUUUUGGUCAUGAAAGAAUCCAAUCAGGCCAAUAUAGUUAAUAUUUUCGAGUCCAUCAAUUUGGCCAUCGUGCAGCCCAGCCGCUCAAUCAUUUUCUAUUCCUUUUCAAAUUCAUUAGCGAUGUGAAUAAUGCUUCAGUGACUUAGUUUAUGUUGCAAAAAUACCCUAAAUUAAGCAUACUUCACAGUGGCUGCAGGAAAUGGCAUCAAGUGAAGCCUACCUCUCAAGGCAUAUAUGAACUAUGCGACUGCACAGCACUCGGUAGAAUCAGAAUAAGCUGAGCCAUUUUUAGAUAAGGAUUCCUAGGUCCUGAGAAGAUCAGAGAAAGCUUUUUAACGAAAGAUAUCAAUGUUUCUUAGGAACCUUAACUGAAUGGUUGAUUAAACAUUGUCCAUCUAGGAGAUUCAUCUCGAGAACUACUACAUUUUAGAAAAUUUUUGUUUAUAGUUAAUUAAUAUCAACAGACACAGUGUGGUCCUAAUGAUAAUUUCUUAAUCUAUUUAAAAAGUUAAAUUGUAAUCUGUUAUGUGGAAUGUGAAGAUCGAACUCGGAUGAAACUCUGUUGAAGGUCCGCUGCAAACCAAUGAUGGCACCGUUUACUCCAUACUUAGUCCGGCGAAGAGGUAAUCGGUGGAAUAAAUUAUUGCGAAGGGCGCGAGGGCGAACGUUCAUGUUUAUCGCACUGAGAAGCUCGGGGCAGUCAAUUCGAUCUUGCAAAAUAUCCGAAAUCGUCAUAGCACGGAAUAGAUCCCGUCGCACUUGCAAUGUAUCGAGUCCAAUAAGCAAACCCCGGCUUUCAUAACUUGGCAGCUGGUCAGGGUUGCUCCAAGGCAAUCGACGAAGGGCAAACUGAACAAAUCUGCGCUGUACUGUCUCAAUUCGAUGGACACCGUUGAGAUAAUGAGGGUUCCACACAAAUGAACAAUAUUCCAGAGUUGAUCCAAUGAGUGAGCAGUAGAGAGAUUUCAAGCAGUAAAUAUCUGAAAAGUGCUUAGAUAUUCUCAUUAUGAACCCCAAACAGCGUGAUGCCUUUGCGACAAUAUAGCUGAUAUGCUGUUUAAACGUCAGUUGUUCAUCGAGAAAAACUCCGAGAUCUUUGACGCAAUUCGCUCUGUCAAUUGUGGAUUCAGCUAGACAGUAAUCGAAUCGAAUUGGCGUUUUUUCCUCGAGAACGUAAUGACCGUACAUUUCUUGGGGUUUGGGGUCAUUCGGUUGAUCUCGCCCCUUUCCGCAAAGGUUUCCAGUUGGCGUUGAAGGAAAGCUGCAUCAUCAGUAUUCCGGAUUCUGUGGUAUAACUUGAGGUCGUCGGCGAAAGACAACCGUGGUCCUUCUAAACAAAAGUUAACGUCGUUGAAAUACAGAAGAAAAAUCAAUGGACCGAGAUGGCUGCCUUGCGGAAUACCAGAUGAAGCAAAGAACUCUUCGGAUACACAAUCACCUAUCUUGACUGCUAGACGACGAUCACUGAGAUACGAUUCCAUCCAACGGAGAAUAUUAGUACCAAAGCCAAGUCUAUCCAACUUUGCCACUGCAAUAGCGUGAUUUAUCUUGUCAAAAGCAGCUGAAAGGUCCGUGUAGAUAACGUCAGUUUGAAGGCCGUCCGACAUAGCAUCUGUAACAUAUGUUGUGAACGACAGAAGAUUCGUAGAUGUUGAACGUUUCGGCAUAAAUCCAUGCUGAGUCUCGGAGAUAUACUGUUUGCAGUGGCUGGAGAUGGGUUCCAACACAGCCAUUUCAAACAGUUUAGGAACUGCGCUUAGUGUUGUAAUACCACGGUAGUUGUCAACUACCUUUUUAUCACCUUUUUCGUGAACUGGAAACAUGAAGGAGGAUUUCCAGAGUUCGGGAAAUACUCCGGUUGUUAGCGACAAUUGAAACGGAACGAAGAGGUUCAAUUAGACCGGCAGAGCAUUUUUUUUAGAACAAUAGUUGGUAUACCAUUUAGGCCUGCCGAGGUUGAAGCCUUCAUUUUGCUAAUCGCCAGUUGUACCAUAUUAUUGUCGAUAUUGAUAGAGUUCAAAGACUGGUAUGAUUGAGGUACGCGCGUGAAGCCUGGGUCGGUGUCAGUUUCUCGUUGGAGAAAACACUCGCGAACUUUUCAGAGAAUAGUUGGCAGAUCUCCUGUAAACUAGAGCUCAUACGUCCUCCAUAGCUCAUCGUUGAAGGCAACCCGGAUUACUUUCUUUGCUCGUUUACAUGCUUCCAGAAUGUUUUAGGUUCGGACUUCAACUUACGUUGCAUGUUUCGCAAGUAAUCGGCAUGGCAACGCUUCGAUGUCUUUUUAUAGACUUGGUUAACAUGAACGCAGUGUUGUCGCAGCAUGUAGCCCCCACACUUGGAGUACUUCUUCAGAGCGGCUCUUUUAGUCGCUUUUAACCGUCUCAGCUCGGCAGUGUGCCACGCUGGGUGCUUAGAUUGAAGGCCACUUCUUUUGGGUACAUAGCGAUCGAUAGCAUAGCUCAUAACAUUGGAGAAGGUCUGCACUGCAACGUUGACAUCAUCAUUGUCGAGAAUUUCAGUCCAGUGGAUAUUCGACAGGAAGUCAAUAAUGCUAUUAUAGUUGGCUUUUCUAAAAUUAUAGCUGACGGUGUCAGAAGCAUUGCAGUUAUGCUUCACUCGAAUCGCUUCAAGCAAUAUAUGCAGGGGAGGGUGGUGUCUAACAGACUUUACCAGGGGAAACGGUGCUGCGGUAACUUUUGGCGCGUAGUCAGAUUUCCUCGAAAAACAGAGAUCAAGAAUUCUGUUGUUCUCGUUCACCACAUUAUUCGUUUGGCGCAGCAGAUUUAGACUGUAGCAGUCAAGCAAACUGGUGAUACCAGCAUGAAAAGAUGACAGUUCGGGAUCAGCGAACAUAAAUCCGUCAGAAGCAGAGCGCCAUUUUAAUCCGGAGAAAUUGAAAUCACCAACAAUCAGGAUCUCAUCAACCGGGCUUGCUUGAGCGGAAAUCCGUUCCAGUGACUCAGUAUGUGAAUCAAUCAAUGUCGAAUCGCGAGUGCAGUCCGGUGGUAGAUAAACCACGCAAAGAAAAAGUGCGUAGCCAGCCAGUUUGAUUCGCACCCACACCUGCUCGACACAGACCCCCAAAGUAUCGUCAAUCAGUUGCGCUUUCAAUCGACGAUGGAUAGCCACAAGUAUCCCGCCGCCGGUAGCCUUGAGACUGUUGCGUGAGCUGCGAUCAGUUCGGAAAACAUCGUAGUUGGCACCAAAUGCUUGCACUGACAGAGUGCUAUCGCUAAGCCACGUCUCUGUGAGGGCGAUUAUGUCGAAGCAUUCAUCCGAACUUGCUACCAAAUAAUCUUCGAUUACUGAAUUCAUACCACUGGCAUUCUGGUAAUAUAUUUGCAGGUUUGAAUGCCGCGAUUGACUACCGUUGGUAUCGAUUUGAAAGACCCCUUCACCACUCCUGCACACAGGACCGGGACGGCUGGCUGCAAUGGCUCGACUGUGGCAGGGGGAUUAAGGGCUUCCAUAGUGCUAGCUGCAGUGCGUCCCAGGGUGCGAUGAGUCAUACCAGCAUAGCAUAGAGUGCUUAGUCCUUCUGUGAUCGUUGUAGAGCCGAAUGUGCUUUGAAGAGACGAGCUCGUUACGAUGGGAUCCAAAUUUUGUUUUUGACAUUGAAGAUUCACAGCGGCGGUAGAGUUGUGUUCAUCAGCAGACUGUAAGUGAAAUUUACAUUGAGGGCGUGCAGUAUCUUGUAUUGUCGGAAGCACAUAUAGAUAAUAGAUCUAUUAAAAAACGAUAUGAUUUUUUCAUCCGAUAUAGAUAUCCGUCUGACAUAGUAAUUUUUCGGCGGGCAGACAUUUGCUGAUUUCGUUUUUAGAUCAUAGUCUCUCUAGGUUCGCUCGAAACUGACUUAUUUCUAUAGCUUUUGUAAGCAUUGGAUUGAAUCCAGAGCCACUCUAAAUCAAAACCGAAAUAGGCAGUUGUGUGCAAGUGCUAGAAACUAAUAUUCGUUGUAUCUACACCAAAAGACCUCUUCCUUGCAAUGGUGGUUACUUAGACUUGUUUUAUUAUAGCCAAAAACUUAAAUUUAACCGCAUUUCUCGUCAAGUGGAAGUCAAAUGCUGUGGUACAUUUACUGAAAACUCACUGAAUUCCGAUAACAGCGCGGUUAUGACCGUAAUUGGUUCUCCUGAAAGGUAGUUGCAGAAGAGAGUUAUUACGUAGUGUUCGAAUGCGUGUUUGCAGUUCCAGGCGUUCUAGAAUUGUGGAGCAAUGCACUCUGGCCACCUCGCCACCAGAGAUGUCGAAGAGCAAAGCGUAUGAACCGCCAUUGAACAGCCUCGAUUCUGGCAAGCCCAGUCUGGUAGUACGAAUUCCAAACAAAAGAACAAUAUGCUAGUGUUGACCGGAACCAACGCCAAAUAGAGCGAUUUUAGAUAGUAUACGUCUCUAAAGUUUUUCGCUAUUCGGUUUAAACGUUACUGCAGAAUCCAGGGUGACCCCAAGAUCCUUGACUCCAGAGUGUCUUGGAAUACUUGAUUCGAGCAAACGGUAGUUGAUCUGGAUCGGAUCACGUUUCCGCGCAAACGCGACGAUUGAGCAUUUGCUCGGGUUUAGAACAAUCCUGUUCAGAUCACACCACGUACUGAAGCUGUCCAGUUCACUUCGAAGAAAUUCGGCAUCGAUUGAAUCCCACAUCUGUCGCAAUUUUCGUUGCAGUCGGCGAAGGAGAGGCGGGAUCUUUGUAGUUUAAUAUUGACGUCAUUAAAAUAGAGGAAAAAUAUUAUUUGGCCGAGGUAGCUUCCUUGCGAGUUGUCGGAAUCUUGCGAGUUGAGAAAUCGUGAGUUGCCUUCCAUCGAGAUAGGAAGGAAACCAGUGACGCAGUUGACCGUGAAUAUCGAGUUCAUCUAGCUUGGCUAUUGCGAUGUCAUGGUUUAUUUUAUUGAAGGCCGUGGACAAAUUCAAAUAAAUACCAUCGGUUUGCAGUCCGUCAGUGUUGUGAAUAAGAGUUGGUUGGUCAUUGUCCAUCGCUUAGACAUAAAACCAUGUCAGUCGAUAUAGUGCUUACAGUGAUAGAAAAUAGGGUCUAAAACAACCAGCUCGAAUAGUUUGGAUAGCGCAUUUAAACACGAAAUUCUUCGACAAUUGUCGAUGUUCGAUUUGUUCCAUGUUUAUGCAUCGAAAACAUGUGGGCAGCUUUCCUACGGGUAGGGAAUAUUGCAGUAGCGAGAGGUAGCUCGUAGACUCGUCGGAGUGGUUUAAGAAGCCCACUGAUACAUUUUUUGACAAAAAUCGAGGCUACGCUAUCUGGACACGGGGAACUAGAUGUCUUUAGCUUGAAGUUUCUACAAGAAUAGUAGCAUUAUCAACGCGAAUUCGGCUGAUAGGUCUACCUAAAGAAGAUGAGAGAUUCGCGGCAGCGACGACUUGUAAGGUGCUCGUUGAAAAAAAAAGCACUUCAAAAUUUGUCGGAGAACAUUUGGCACAUUUCCUUAGUGUCGUUGCCCAAAAACUCCGUUUCUGAAAAAACAUGUGAAAAGGGCAUAUUGCAAAUGAGAGCCUCUCUGUGUUUGCUUUCUCUUCCGUCAAUAACUAGGCCGCUUUUACAUUUUCUCCUUAACUCUGAGCAUAAUAUGCUAGACAACAUCUUAGUCUUUCGAUGUUUUUUGAAACAAUGUUGGAAAGUUUUUAUAAUGACGUCGUAAUAAUUGAAAGCCCUUUUCACAUGUUUGUCCAGAUUUAUUGACAUUCAAGAUGGUAAUCCGGAUUCUUUUCACUACUCAUUCACAUACUUCCAGAACGACAGCUUUAGAUUUCAGUUGACGCUCGUCGUUUCGCUUGUGUCGCUUGUGAAAAAGGCGCGCCUGCUUUGCUGUUUAUAUUCGUGGUUAGUUGAAAGUAGUGGUUUCGUAAGGCAUGCUCCGAAAAAAAAAUUUAAAAGCUGCUCGUUUGCCAAUUUUUAGUCGUCUAAGGAUAGCGUUGAUUGGUGCUAAUUGUGCCUUUUGGCGCAUGACUCGAUUUGGUAGUUAACCCUUAAAUGCAUACUGUUGCCAUUUGGCAACCUACCGGAUACCAUGAUAUAAAGCCUUAACAAGAGGUAUAGAUUGUAUCCAACCAGAAAGAUGAGUACCAAGGAAAAAUGAAUUCCAUGUAUUUAAGGGUUAAGAAUAUUAGAAAUCGUAAUCGCUGCAUAGUUCGCGCUUUCAUUGUUAAUAUUCUCGUCCCAGUUUAUAUACUAAGCCUGCUAACGAUGCUGUCAUAGACAGCGUUUUUAAAAUCGUAGACGAUAAAGUCUGUGACGUCUUUAAAGUUCACUCCUAGUUUACUAGCGAGUACAAGAUGUUGUGGGGAUGAUGAAGCACAUGCUGGCCUAAAGGAGCUGGAGCAAUGGAGUAAUUAGGUUUGUUCCAGUACCAGGAGAAACUGGAAGUACUCCGGAGCAAACAGGGAGAAAAUCGUUCCAGUACUAUCUUCUUCUCUUAUUUCUUCUUCUGGUGGCAAACCGGAGUGAAAAGGAGCAAGAAUUUUUUGCUCCGGAGCAACAGGGAGUAACUUCCAUGUACUGGAACAAACCUAUUAAGAGCGCUUACAAAGCAGAGAUUCAAUGCAUGUCCAUUUUCUUUGAUGGCAUUAUUUAUUUGCCGAAGAGUGGCGCCACUAUAGCUAUCCAAUAUACUGGAGCUGACGAUAAGCGCAGAUUGGACACCAUGUCAACCCAACAAACAAUUUAGCUUAAACAGUUCUUGUUCAGUCUAUUCUCUCGGAUCAAAGGCUUGUUCAGCUUUCGUUAUUUGUUGGGAAGUCAGGCAAAUUGAAGUUGCCCAGAAUAACGAUAUCAUUAUUCGGGACGGCAAUCACUUACAUACAACCACACUUGUUCGGAGCUCUUCGACUGGUCAUCGUUGAUCAAUCACACUUUUAUGCCAUGACGAACAGCGAUAAGCACACCACCGCCCGGCGUCUUAUGGUUGUUGACGGCGUUGCGGUCACAGUGGUAGACAUCAAAUGCCGAACCACAAUUUGGCGAGAAAGAGUACUGUUAUCAAGCCAAGUCUCUGCGAUGAUGUCAGCUUAGGAAUUUAGACCACCGACGUUCUGAUAGUGAAACUCGAUGAUGUUGGAGGACGGAUUCGGUUUGUCUCGAGUGGCACCGACUGUGCUUGUAGAAGAGAGCGCAGCAAUGUUGCAUUUUAGAGCGGGUUGGGAGGUUCUUAUAUCACUACUACAAACGGAAUAGGAACGAACUGACGAUCGCUGUCUCGACUGUGGCGGGCAAAUCGAGGCAUCCCAUAUCAGCGACGUUGUGUACCGACGGAGGUAGCUUGCGACGAGAACUAGAACGAGAACUAUGAUCUGAAAUCGUGAAACGCAUCAGCCGUUGUGAAGUUGCAAUCUAAAUAGGAAUGCCAGGAAUGUCGGCGUGAAAGCCCUUCUCCACUCAAGUGCUCAGGACCGGAUCGACUGUCGAAAGCUCGACUGUGGCUUUACGCUCCUUCCCAACGGCGGUGUAGCUUGAUAUAGGGACAUUGCUAAUUUGGAUGCGGAGUUUUCGACAGGGUCGUAAAUGGACCGGAUUGAAUCAGUGGAUUGCAUGCUUCUGGAGGCGGAGAGAAAUCGAUCGGCGGGCACCAUGGAUUCUGGGUACGACUAUCCUCGAAUUCCAAGAUGUUAUCGGCAGCUAGAGGUUAUCGGCAUAGACGAAAACGUAGAUUUCCCUCGGCAAGAUCGUGAAUAAAGAGUUCGUGGCCACCAUGAGCAGUGUGAUUGCAAGGACAGAUCCCUGGGAGACCCCGUUGACCCUCGAAAGGCGUCGGACUGGCCACCCCGAUUGCCACCCGAAAGGAACGAUUGGUUAGGUAACCGCUCAGGAAGCGGUUGUCGAGUGAUUUCUCAAUUGGCCAGUUGUUGCAGUACUGCGUGACGCCUUACGGUAUUAUACGCCUUUGCCACGUCGAGUAUAGUGAUAUCGGCAUGCAGGCCGUAAUACAUAAUCACUUGUUCAAAAUUGGCGACUGGUAACUGGUAUCGGUUCUUGCCCCACAUUGGAAUGCGUACUGUCGUUGGUCCAGGAGUUUCCGCGUUUCAUGUUGGUCCCUCAGCGGGCUGUUUAUCAUUCACUUCAUCGUUUUUUUUUUUUCAUUUUAUUCGUUUAUUUGACACGGCUUAAGGCGUUAGCUUCACGGAGCCGUGGGUCUUUUAUAUAUUUACAAUAUGUAAAAUAUAAUCAAAAAUAUAAUAUAAUCAAAAACUAAUAAUAAUUUGAGUCUGUUCGAUCCCUUACGCGCGGCUUACCAUUCCGCGCGAAGAUCUUUUUACGCGUCGGGGAAAUGUUCGCAUCCACGCCAACUGUAUCGUGAGGGUAAUUCAUAUCUUUCUUUCGUUCGCCAUCAGAUGUUCUCUUUUGAGUCGCAAGCGGGAACCCUUCGUCAUUGAUGCUAGCUUCCCCACUGAGAUUGGGUGGUGGUAUUUAUUUCAGUAGACAAGCUUCCCUCAGUAGUUUCUGGGCAGAGUUAUCCGUAAUGUGCCAUUUUUUCACAGAACUGGUACGUAUUACUUUGUCCCUGAUAUGUACAAAGAGUUCGCUACGUAAUGGAACUACCCCCUUCUAUUUUGUACUGUAGGGUAAGGUAGGAGGGAAUCAAUUGAUCUUUCCGCAUACUCAUCACAAAAUACCAUUUAAAAUAUCUGGAAACUAGUUCCUCCAUGUGUCCUCCGUAAUGAAUUCCACUUCUCCGAAAUAGGAAAUGCAUCUUAAAAUUACCAUUUUUCAAGUGAAUGUUGCCAGAUCAUGUAAUUUGACUUCGAUGCUCCAUAUAUACAGGGAUCUUAAUGUUUGCGUUGUCAUAAACAAGAACGUGUUUAAAAUUGUUCUGCGAAAUGAACCUUUUCGACUGGGCCAAUUUGUUGAACGUUAUCUGCACCACGUGCCUGACAUGCUCGAGCUGGAUGUAGGUGACUUUCGAAAACCGAAGCUGCAUUUUCACCUUCAGCGAAUAUUCCACAUUACAAGUACUUGGUCUUAUGCGAAAAGACCCGAAGUCAAUGGCCACUGUGUUGGGCCGAAUAAUCACGCUUUGUUGAUGAGACAAGAGAGGUAAGCAAGAUCAGACCAUCGAACCGUGGCUAGAGCGGAGAAGCUUCACGUUCGUCAUUCACUUAUUCUCUCACAUUAUAAAACUCACUGAAGGGGUAAGCACAUGAUUGCGACUUGGAGCGUGAUUAGUUCUAGCCAGUUCGCACACAACGGCGUUUCGAGAAAGUUAUCGCCACACGUAACGGACCAUCGUUGGUCAUUGCCAUCCGGUUCGCAGAUACGGCAAUUAAAGAAAAGGUAGAAAAUUGUCUUGUCCGCUUUGUAGAUUUUUCGGCAGCCAAGUCACCCAAGGCAAGGUAAGCCAAACCACAUCGCAUUUAUGCCGUACCAAAUUCAACUUCGAUAGCUUAGGGAAAGGUGCAGCCUAGAGCGUGGACGCUAGCGCCGCCAUCUUGUAAGGAAGCCCGGCGCAGAGGAAAAUUUCAUCCCUCUCAUAGGGCAACUAACCAUAGCUGAACAGUGGCCACCAACCAAGUAAGGGCGCCGUGCGAUUCAACAGACCGUAAUAUACAUUUUUCGGAACAAAUCUCGUGGCGGAUUGCUUAUACUAAGGAAAAAAGUUUACAGUAUAUUUUUAUCGCUGCCAGUUUUUCGAAAAUUGGAAAAAAUGGCGUCACCCGAAAAGCAACGUCGCGAAUUAAUUUCGCGCAUGCACCUGGAAAAAUUUUAACUCUCAUCGGAACAUUGGAAAACAACUCGGAAUCGUGCAGUCAACGGUAACAAACUCUGAGCAUCGAACGGCAGGAGAUAUGCGGUCAGAAUGGAUGUUCUAUUAGUUAUCAGGUUCACAAGUGUGUAGUGACUCACUAGUGAGAACGUUUAAGCGGAAUCCCAAUGCUUCGGUCAAGGAUGUGGUCAAUAAGUUGAAUCUGUCCAAGUCUUUCGUUCAGAGAUCCAAAAAUCGGGAGGAACUGCAUACGUAGAAAGUACAGUAGGCUCCAAAUUGUGACGAGCGGCAAAAUACGGUGGGAAAGUCACGGGCCCGGAAAUUGUAGAUGCAGAUGUUGAAGAAGCUUCAUUGUAUCAUCAUGGAUGAUGAGACUCACGUUAAGGCGAAACUCCGGCAGCUGCAGAGGCUACUGUUCUUCACUGUCCAGCACAAGUUUGAUAUUCCGGAUGAAGUAAGGAAGAAGAAACUUUAAAAGUUUGCCAAUAAAUAUAUGAUUUGGCAAGCGAUCUACACAUGUGGCAAACUGAGAGCGCCGUUCGUGACUACCGGGGCUGUAAACCAGGAGAUCUAUCUCAAGGAGUGUCUACAGAAGCGUCUGCUUCCUCGAGCUUCGUGCCACUAUUCAAAUGUUGUCCUGGAGUGGUACUUUUGUACCCAAGGACAUGAGCCCGACAACGCACCGGAACUAAGGGUCGUCGAAAAAUAUUGGGCAAUUAUGAAGGCACUAUGGAAGCAUCCCAAGGUGGGUUUUUGUACAGAAGAAGCUGCAGCCAGAUGAGCGGAACCUAAUGAGUGGGGUAUGGUGCCAGCGUACGGGUAUGGUAUUGAAUCUGAAUCUGAAUUAUUGUAUGAAAGUUUGUAAAGGAUCGGUCCACUACGUAAUUUUCUACAGCGUUUUAUCCGUGAUGCAAUUUCAUGUUGGACUCCCGGAUGCAGUUAGUCGUUAUGUGCUUGUUUCCAUGUGCUCUUUACUAUCCUUCGUGCUGAAAAGUCACUGAUACCACGCUUCUUUGCCAUUUUCUUCAAGGAACACACAUAAUUAAUCCAACUUUUCCGUUUGAGAGAGCUGAGCUUGAGACGAUAUCUGGAUACAUUCGCGAAUGGCGAUUUAAAUGUUUUUUUUCACGUCAUUUGAGCGUUGGAUCAAUAAGGCCGAUGACAAGCUGAAGCGGAAAGCGAAGCGUUUGCGGACGCGUCAUAGUGUUUUGCCGCGUUCGCCCCGCUUUUACUAUGACAGUAUUACGCGUUCUACAUGCACACAUCAAAGAGAUAGGUCAAACGCAUUCGCUUCGCUUACCGCUACCGCAUCGCAAAUCGCGUAAGCAUGUCAUCGGCCUAACGCAUACGCUGCCAUUUCGUCAUGAUGUAACUGUCGAACUAAAAAAAUCAAUUUCUUUUAUUCACAAUCUUCACAGUUAUAAUUAUAUGUGAAAAGUCAGUACCUUUUUCUCCUUACGGGUUGUAGAAAACAUUCGAUUACGGCAACGCUAGCUAAAUUCGCAAUUGGAAACUGGAAUGUUACCGGCGUCUUGUUGUCGUAAUCGUCAGUUCACUAAUUUACUCUAAUUAUUUAGGUUGAAUUGCCUUUUUUUGUCAAAUUUUGAAAUAUUUCCGUUGAAAUUUUUACUUUUUUUUGUUCUCUUCCGUUUGUCUCGGUGAAAAAUUACACUGUACUCAAUACAUUCUUUUCAAUGACGAUGGUGAUACUAUCAGAGAGGGUAUGACCCACUUGCAACGCAACAAAUACCAAAGAAACUUUGUAAGGUGACCCAUCGAUCAUCGACGUUGGAUAAUUAAUAGUAUUCAUUUCGCCCCAAAACUGACUCCAACCUUGGAAUGUCUCUUCAAUAAUUUGCCAAACACUAACGCUAUUAAAACUAUAACUUGUCUAUUUAGCUUCGUAUUUGUUGCAUACUAGCAGAUAAGAAUCAACCAUCGCGUAGCUUGAGUGAUCGAUCCUAUGAUUAUUAAAUUAAAUCUGCGAAAUAAAUUUGGAAAAAAUCCUUGUUAAAUUUCUAUCACCAUACGUUGCCGAAAACAAACAAUCCUCAUAGUUGACUGAGUGCAUCACUUUUAUUAUAUUGUCAUGUGAUAAGAUUUAAAUUUUCACAGACCCGAACCAGGUUACUGGAUUAAAUUGCUCUUAACAAAUUAGCGAUCAAGUGCUCGAAUCACUCUCACUGAUUUAACGAAUAUGAAACUAUUUAUAAAAAACCAUACAUCUGCAGUAUGUAUAAAACAUUGUCGAAAGUGGCAUACGCGGAUAUGUAUUUCAUUCUAGAUUCAUACGAUAAAAAUCCUUUUCAUUCUAUAAGGCUACUUAUAUACUAAAUAGGGCUUACGAAGGCAACCACCCAACCAAGCAACCAACCAAAAAAAACAAUGACGGGCGUGAAAACUUUCAUAUCAAAGUUCACUGGCAGUGAACAGAUACACACACACACACACCAGUAUUAUAGAACUCGAUAGUCAUGAAAUCGGAGCAGUCCGGUACUGAAGGGAGUUUACAUGUUCACCAAAAUAUUUAUUUCCUUGCUAGAUUAGCUAGAUUACCCGCAUGUAUAAUACACUGUUGAUAUGCAUCAUCCGUCAAGCUGAACAAAAAAAAACGAAAUACCAAUAGAACCGUUCCACACUUUCGCACCACUAUUCUAAUAAAGCGAACAAUCGAUGUCGCUGAAUUGUCGCUUGGUCAGCCCGUCUCGGAAAGCUGACUAAGCGGAGUUAUUCAGCUUCGGUUGCUGGAAGAUGUGUUAAAUCGUACGCACAGCCAUAACCAACCAUCAGUACACUAUAAGUAUAGAUAUAACAAUAACGUUAACAUAAAAGUGAUUCUAAUCAUGCAAUGUAUAGAAAAAGACAAUUUCCAACGUUACGACUAGAAAUAUUUAACUAAACACCAAUAUAAGGUGCGUAUUUUGUCCCAACCCGUCAGACGUUCACCUCUUCUUUUUUCUUUGUAAAAGUUCCUUCGGUGAGCUAGAAGAAUUUUUCGCCGAGUAAAAUGCCUGACAGUUAUCAUUAGCGUGUUUCUUGUUGGGGAUUUUUCUCUGCGGAAUAAUUCGCAGGAAGAGUAAAUUUUUUGCACGGUUUUUCUAGCUUCAAAGUAGUUUAUCGAACAAAAUAGCACGUGUGGAGGAAGUGUACAAUGUAAUGGCUUUUACGGAACCAAACGCGAUUUGUUUUGUAUAUAUGUUAGCUAGGCAUAAUUUUCUGUUGGUUUUAAUUGUAGGGUAAAUAAUUUAUUUAAAUAAUUAAUAUAACGAAGUGAGAAUGAUGAGCUAGACGCGUUGCAAAGAAAAAUAUAAAUAAAAUAAUGUUGGUACCGUGA